AUGAAUGUCGGUAUGUGUGCAGUCUUCGUUUCGCGAUUCAAGCUGAUGGCUACUCAGAAUUCACAGAAGAAGGUGUCGAACAGCGUCAGCUUGCGGACCAUCCUCGCCCAAGCAACGUCUAAGGUGCCUCGAACACCACACUUGGUUCCGCGAGCACCACGAGACACCUCGACACCGGCCAUCAAUGGCUCGCCACGGGGUGCCUCUGAGCUCAACAAUGCUUCACAGAGCAUAGAGGUGCGGCUAGACUUGGUGGACCUCUAUUUCAAGCAUAUUCAUGACAAACACCACUCAAUCUUCCAUCGCCCGUCGAUCGAGGAAACGCUUCAGCAUGGACGGCUACCAGAGAUCCUGCUAUAUGCAAUGAUGGCCUUGGGAGCAAGAUUCUCUGAGCAACCAGAAUUUGCGGCUACCAAACCACGACAUCGAGGAAGCAACUACGCCGAAAAAGCAGCAGCCAUGCUAGACAUGACCAGCAUCUCAAUAGAGACAAUUCAAGCAUGUAUUCUGCUAGGUACUAUUGCCUUUGCUGGAUCAAAGAUGGAAGCCGAAGCGCUCUACUAUUCCGUGGCGACACGACUUGCAUUGCUUCUCGACCUACCGAACCGCCCCACGACAACAGAGAUCGAACGCCAGAUCAAUCUCCGCGUCUGGUGGACGCUCUACAUGAUCGACAUCUGGAGCUCAACAGGCCUUCAUCUUCCUCGCCAAUUUGGCUAUUCCGAGCAUGUUCCUUUACCCACUGAAGAAUCUCAUUUCCUCCACCUGCCACAGCCGUCGCACUCCAAUUUGUCCCCUACUGCUGCCAGCAUCUGGGGCGAAAUGGCUCAUCUCGCACACAUCUGGGCCGAGAUACACGAAGUCAACAAAGCCUCUGUCGCCGGUCUCACUUCUCCCACCACACUCAACUCCUCCGUCGCCACCCUCUCCGCCAAACUGCAGAACUGGUCCGCCUCCCUACACCCACACCUCACAUGCACGCAAGCGAACCUGACGCGCUAUGCCGCGCUAGGUCUUGGAUCCGCCUUCGCCGCCCUCCACCUCGGCUACCACUACUACAACGAGGUACUCUUCUACCAGUUUCUCUCCCCCGACACCUACCACCCUCCUGUCGUGUCAACCGCCCACUUUUCCGCCAGCUGCAAGCUCCACGCCCGCCACUUCUGCGACCUGCUCUAUCUCUGCAACAGCCUGCCUGACUGCGCACCCCUGUACGUCAUGGUCGGCCACAUGCUCGUCGUCACCUCCACCGUGUACAUGCACAGCCUCCUGUUCUCCGCCGUGGAAGAAGACAUCGCCGCCGCGCGCGCCCGGCUCGAACACAACUUUGAGAUCCUCACCCGCUUGCAGAGCUACUGGGUGGAGCUGGACGUGAGUCUGAGCCGGCUCAAGGCGUUUCACAACGCCUGUCGCAUCUCGAGCGAGCAGAGCUUUCGGCUUGAUCGGUGGAUGUUGAGUUUUCUGCUUGAGCAUGGCGUGCCGGUGACGGAGAAGUUUGUUGUGAGGGAUGAGGCGGCCGAUGGCAGUGAUGACGUUGGUGAGAGGCGUGUCGCCGACACCCGUGUGGUGCUGGCACCGGGCGAGGGCAUGUCGGACACGUCUGGCAGCCCGCAUCUGACGCUGCAGGAUUGGUAUCAUCAAACGUUCGUGGCUUGA